ACAUGCAAUGCGAAGACACCGAAGAUGGCGGCGGCGGCUUCGUUUCGCUGGCUGAGGCUCCGCCGUAGGCUUUGCCUGCCGCUGACGGAUCAGCGGGCAGGUGCAUGUGGACUGGCCCCUAGUUGCAGACUUUAUUCUGGAAGUACAGCCCUCCCAAAGGUUGAAGGAACUGAUGUAACAGGGAUUGAAGAAGUGGUCAUUCCAAAAAGGAAAACGUGGGAUAAAGUGGCCGUUCUGCAGGCACUUGCAUCCACAGUAAACAGGGAUACCACAGCUGCCCCUUAUGCAUUUCAAGAUGAUCCUUAUCUCAUACCAACAACCUCUGCGGAAUCACGUUCAUUUUUAUUGGCAAAGAAGUCCGGGGAGAAUGCAGCAAAGUUUAUUAUUAAUUUAUAUCCCAAAUAUUUUCAGAAAGACAUAGCUGAACCUCAUAUACCGUGUUUGGUGCCUGAGCACUUGGAACCUCAGAUCGAAGAUGUAAGCGAGGCUGCCCUAAAGGAACGAAUCAAGCUAAAAAAAGUCAAAGCUUCAGUGGACAUGUUUGAUCAACUCUUGCAAGCAGGAACCACUGUAUCUCUGGGAACAACUAAUAAUCUCUUGGAUUUAUUGUGUUACUAUGGUGACCAAGAGCCCUCGGCUGAUUAUCAUUUUCAACAAAGGGAAAAAUCAGAGGAGUUGGAAGAGGCCGCAGAGGAAAACAAGGGGAAAUCUAGGAAGAAGGCUGGUCAUCAGUUUGGAGUUACUUGGAGAGCAAAAAACAAUGCUGAGAGAAUCUUUGCUCUGAUGCCAGAAAAAAAUGCAUAUUCCUACUGCACAAUGAUCCGAGGAAUGGUGAAGCACCGAGCUCCUGUGCAGGCAUUAAACUUGUACACCGAAUUAUUAAACAACAGACUCCGUGCUGAUGUAUACACCUUCAAUUCAUUGAUUGAAGCAACAGCAAUGAUGAGUGAGAAAUUUGACGAAAAAUGGAAUAAUAUAUUGGAGCUGCUGAAACAAAUGGUUGCACAGAAGGUGAAACCAAAUCUACAGACUUUUAAUACCAUUCUGAAAUGUCUCAGGAGAUUUUAUGCAUUCGGAAGACUGCCAGCAUUGCAGACCUUACGUGAGAUGAAAGCCAUCGGAAUAGAACCCUCACUUGCAACAUACCACUAUAUUAUUCAGCUGUUUUAUCAACAUGAAAGCCCUUCAAAAGGCUCAUCCCCCGUGAUCUAUGAUAUCAUGAACGAAAUUAUAGGAAAGAAGUUUUCCCCCCGGGACCCGGAUGAUGAUAUGUUUUUUCAAUCAGCCAUGAGAGUUUGCUCCUCUCUCAAAGAUCUAGAACUUGCUUACCAAGUACACGGCCUUUUAAACACUGGAGACAACCGGAAAUUCAUUGGACCUGAUCAUCGGCGUAAUUUCUAUUAUUCCAAGUUCUUCAAUUUGAUAUGUCUCAUGGAACAGAUUGAUGUGACCUUGAAAUGGUAUAAGGACCUGAUACCUUCAGUCUUCUUUCCCCAUUCCCAAACAUUGAUAGAUCUUCUCCAAGCAUUGGAUGUGGCCAACAGGCUAGACAUGAUUCCUGAGGUUUGGAAAGAUAGUAAAGAAUAUGGCCACACUUUUCGCAGUGACCUCAAGGAAGAGAUUCUGAUGCUCAUGGCAAGGGAUCGGCAUCCACCAGAGCUUCAGGUGGCGUUCGCUGACUGUGCCGCGGACAUCAGGUCUACUUACGAGAGUCAAGAUGCCAGACAGAUUGCUCCUGACUGGCCAGCCAGCGCUCUGAACUGUGUAGCUGUCCUCUUCUUACGGGCUGGGAGGACCCAGGAGGCCUGGAAGAUGCUGGGGCUUUUCAGGAAGCAUAAUAAGAUCCCCAGAAACGAGUUGCUGAAUGAGUUCAUGGACAGUGCAAAAGCAUCCAACAGCCCUGCCCAGGCCAUCGAGAUAGUGAAGCUGGCCAGUGCCUUCAGCUUACCUAUUUGUGAGAGCCUCACACAGAGGGUAACGGCUGACUUCACAAUCAGCCAGGAACAAAAGGAGGCCCUGGGGCCCCGAACUGCCUGUGACAGCAGCAGUGACAGUGGCGGCGACAGCGACGUCGGUGAAGGCAGAUGAAAGUGGCCAGUCAGGAGGAGCCCCCGUGGCCUAGCGUGAGCUGUUCAUAUUUAACUGUGAUCUGAAUAAAGGAAUCCAGGUCUGGCGAGCUUUGAAAUGCAGUUGC